UUCUGCUGUCACGACUUGUCUGCUCCAACUCCAAUCCAGAGGUAAACAUGGCGUUGAAGGUAUUGAAGGGGAUGGUGAGCGGAGCUGUUAACGAGCUCUCCUCAGCCGUUACCGGCAACAAGACGGCUGCCUCCCGGGAGCACGUCCUGGCCGUUAAACGCGACUACAUCUCCCAGCCGCGCCUGACCUAUAAGACAGUGUCUGGAGUCAACGGACCUCUCGUGAUUCUGGACCAGGUGAAGUUCCCCAGGUAUGCAGAGAUCGUCCACCUGACCCUGCCAGAUGGAACCAAGAGGAGUGGCCAGGUGUUGGAGGUUACAGGUUCUAAAGCUGUGGUGCAGGUGUUUGAGGGGACAUCAGGUAUUGAUGCUAAGAAGACCAGCUGUGAGUUUACAGGAGACAUCCUACGCACCCCUGUCUCUGAAGAUAUGCUGGGUCGCGUGUUUAAUGGAUCAGGCAAGCCCAUCGACAAAGGCCCAACAGUGAUGGCAGAAGACUACCUGGACAUCAUGGGCCAGCCUAUCAACCCUCAGUGUCGUAUCUACCCGGAGGAGAUGAUCCAGACAGGGAUCUCUGCUAUAGAUGGCAUGAACAGCAUCGCUAGGGGGCAGAAAAUACCCAUCUUCUCUGCUGCAGGACUGCCACACAACGAGAUAGCGGCUCAGAUCUGUCGUCAGGCAGGCCUGGUGAGGAAGUCUAAAGAUGUGAUGGACUACAGUGAUGACAACUUCGCUAUUGUCUUCGCCGCAAUGGGGGUCAACAUGGAGACAGCUCGGUUCUUCAAGUCAGACUUUGAGGAGAAUGGUUCCAUGGACAACGUCUGUCUGUUCCUCAACCUGGCCAAUGAUCCCACUAUAGAGCGUAUCAUCACGCCCCGCCUAGCUCUGACAUCAGCAGAGUAUCUGGCCUAUCAGUGUGAGAAGCACGUCCUUGUCAUCCUGACUGACAUGAGCUCCUACGCAGAGGCGCUACGAGAGGUCUCAGCGGCCAGAGAGGAGGUCCCAGGUCGUCGUGGUUUCCCAGGCUACAUGUACACUGACCUGGCCACCAUCUACGAGAGAGCUGGUCGGGUGGAGGGACGCAACGGCUCUAUCACCCAGAUCCCUAUACUAACUAUGCCCAAUGAUGACAUCACUCACCCCAUCCCUGAUCUGACAGGGUACAUCACUGAGGGACAGAUCUACGUGGACAGACAGCUGCACAACAGACAAAUCUAUCCUCCCAUCAACGUUCUGCCAUCGCUGUCUCGUCUGAUGAAGUCAGCCAUCGGAGAGGGGAUGACACGCAAAGACCACUCUGAUGUCUCCAACCAGCUGUAUGCGUGUUAUGCUAUAGGUAAGGACGUGCAGGCGAUGAAGGCUGUGGUGGGAGAGGAGGCUCUGACGCCUGAUGAUCUUCUCUACCUGGAGUUUCUACAGAAGUUUGAGAAGAACUUCAUCGCCCAGGGAGCCUAUGAGAACAGGACUGUGUUUGAGACACUGGAUAUCGGCUGGCAGCUGAUGAGAAUCUUCCCCAAAGAGAUGCUGAAGAGAAUCCCUCAGAGCACCCUUGCAGAGUUCUACCCUCGCUUGAAGUAAUGAUGAUAACAUAGGGACGCAUAGUCACACACACACACACACACACACACACACACACACACACACACACACACACACACACACACACACACACACACACACACACAUAUAUAUAUACACACACACACACACACACACACAAGUCCAACCCUUCCCUCUUGCUCUGUCUCUUUGUAAUGGUGUUGCUGUUGUAACAUUGCCAGUAGCUUCUGUACUGUACGCAUCAUCAUAGACUAGUACUGAUACUGUCACACACAGAGACAACCCCUUACCCUAACAGAUAAACCUGUAUGAACCAGAGAAGUAGAAGAUGUAGGUGAUGGAGACAGUGGUUUCCACGCCAGAGAGGUUCUCUCUGACCAGUAGAGCGAAAUAGCCUGUUAAUAGGGCCUGGAAUUUUCCCUGGUCAGUCACAUGAUCAGGAAAAUCUCAUGGCCCUAGCUGUUCGAUGUAGAGGAUAGAUGGAUGGAUAGAUGGAUGGAUGGAUGGAUGGAUGGAUGGACGGUGAAUAGUCUGUUAGAAGUCAGAUGGAUGAUAUAAUGUAUUUUUAACAGGAUAUGUAGGUGUACUGUAGGUGUAGACCAGUGAAUAUGCAGUGAUGAUGCAUGUGUAUGAAAGAUGAGAUUAAGCCCAACAGCAUAUUUCACUGCAUAUAUUGUUAUGACCAAUAUGUUGCCUGUGUGUUGCUGCUAGUAUGUUUUGCAUAGAUCGGUGCUGUUUCUGCGCCGAGUUAACCCAAAAGUUUCCUUAAUUCAUUGAACUAAAGCCAGAGACACAACACACAAA